CUUCUGCUCCGAGAUGAUCGAGACCCAGGAGGACAUUUACGUGGGCUCCAUCGAGACCGACCGGGGCGUGCGGGAGCAGGUGCGCUUCUACGACACGCGGGGCCUGCGGGACGGCCUGGAGCUCCCCAAGCACUGCUUCUCCUGCACCGACGGCUACGUGCUGGUCUAUAGCACCGACAGCAAGGAGUCCUUCAAGCGAGUGGAGCUCCUCAAGAAGGAGAUUGACAAGUCCAAAGACAAGAAGGAGGUCACCAUCGUGGUUCUGGGCAACAAGUGUGACCUGCAGGAGCAGCGCCGGGUGGACCACGACGCAGCCCAGCACUGGGCCAAGGGCGAGAAGGUGAAGCUGUGGGAGGUGUCCGUGGCCGACCGGCACACGCUGAUCGAGCCCUUCAUCUACCUGGCCAGCAAGAUGACGCAGCCACAGAGCAAGUCUGCGUUCCCCCUGAGCCGCAAGAACAAGGGCAGCGGCUCCAUGGAUGGCUGAGCCUUGCUUUCCCUUCCCUUCCAUUGCCACCUCCUCUUCCUCACCUCCCCGUUUCCCUUGCACAUGCCUCCUGCCGAGCCUGCGGGAAGCACGGCGGCACGAGGAACGGGCGCCCCGGGGCUGGGGGUGCUCUCUGAGGACGCGAGAGGUGAGCCAUCUCCUGCCCCAGGACAGGGGCUGCUCCCCUCCCUGCCCGGCCCUGCAGACGCUGGAGGUGCUGCAGGAAAGCCAGGGACCCCCGAGGGAGGCCCCCCCGCUCUCGGGGUGCAGGCUGGCGCACCCCAGGGUGCCGGAGGGGAGGCGCAGUGGCGGGUGGCAGCAGGUGGGGGUCAGCUCCUCUCCCCGGACCUGCCGUGGUUUGUAUUUACCGAUAGCGGGUGUGAAAAGCUGGGUGCUGGCCCAGCCGCUGUCGGGGCGGCUCUCCCGUGCCCCAGCCGGUUCUGCGGGGCUGCAGCAUGCCCCGGCAGCAUGCCCCGGCAGGUUGCCCCGGCAGGUUGCCCCUGGCCGGGCACUGCUCCCUGCUCCAGGGAACGCGCAGUGCGGAGCGGGGCAGGAUGCUGGUGCUGAGGGCAGGUGGCCCACGGCCGCCCCGCUGCAGCCCCCCUCUCCUGGGAGCAGGCUCAGUCCUGACCUCGGAGAAGCGGGGACACACCUGCACCCCGCCGUGCUCGGGGCGCUCGCUGCCCCUCUCUCCUCUCAGAACCACCCCAAGUCAGGGAGGGGGUCCCAGCCCUGCCCAGCAGCACGUGUUCCCUUGGCUAGCCUGGAUCUAGGAAAAAAAAAAGUGACGAGAAAGCCCUGGCUUGUUUAUACUUGUUCCUUUUAUUUACUGAGUAACACAAUAAAGCGAUGAGAUUCGAUUAUCAAAAUAUUUUCCUUUUUUUUUUUUUUUUUUCCCCCAACAGCUAUAG